AAUAGUCACAAUUUUUUGGGGCGUGAUCCCUAGCAGAGGCCCUUAAAAAGGGAAUUAGGAACAAAAACUUCCCUACCAAUUACUCAAAUGGAGGAAAGGAAGGGCAGGAGAUUGGUUCUUUUUCCAUUGCCAUUGCAAGGUCACGUUAACCCAAUGCUUCAACUUGCAAACAUUCUCCAUUCCAAAGGCUUUUCUAUUACCAUAAUCCACACUACCUUCAACUCUCCAGACCCUUCAAAAUAUCCCCACUUCACUUUCCAUUUCAUUCAAGAAAACUUGACAGAGACAGAAUCAUCAACAAAAGAUAUUUUAUCUCUUCUUUCACUUCUUAACAUCAAAUGCGUUGCUCCUUUUCAAGAUUGCUUGUCUACAUUAUUAUCUGAUUCUUUGGAGGAGCCUAUUUCUUGCUUGAUCUCAGAUGCUAUCUUUCAUUUCACUCAAGCUGUUUCCAAUACUCUUAAUCUUCCAAGAAUUGUGUUAAGGACUGGUGGUGCUUCAUCUUUUCUUGUUUUCUCGGCCUUCCCAUUUCUAAAGGAAAAAGGUUACCUUCCAUUUCAAGAAUCCCAAUUGGAAGAACCAGUUGUGGAGUUUCCACCACUCAAAGUUAAGGAUCUUCCGGUGAUCAACACAAGCCAACCAGAAUCACUAUAUGAAUUAGUAUUCAAAAUGGUAAGUGAGACCAAGGCAUCUUCAGGACUAAUUUGGAACACAUUUGAAGAUCUUGAGAAAUCUGCAAUAGCUAUCCUUCGCGACGAAUUUGAUGUUCCAGUUUUCCCUAUAGGGCCAUUUCACAAGUUCUCUCCUGCAUCAAGUAGCUCAUUAACACAAGAUGAAAGCUGCAUUGCUUGGCUAGACAAACAAGAACCAAAAUCAGUACUAUAUGUGAGUUUUGGUAGUCUUGCUUCAAUAAAAGAAAGUAAAUUUUUGGAAAUAGCUUAUGGACUAGCUAAUAGCAAGCAGCCAUUCUUAUGGGUGAUUCGACCCGGAUUAGUCAGUGGCAAAGAAUGGGUUGAGCAACUACCUAAUGGGUUCAUUGAGGAUUUGAAUGGAAGAGGUCAUAUAGUGAAAUGGGCUCCUCAGUUACAAGUAUUAGCUCAUUUUGCUAUUGGUGCAUUUUGGACACACAGUGGUUGGAAUUCGACAUUGGAGAGUAUUUGUGAAGGAGUUCCUAUGAUAUGUAUGCCUUGUUUUACUGACCAGAAAGUCAAUGCAAGAUAUGUAAGUGAAGUUUGGAGAAUUGGGUUGCAAUUAGAAAAUGGAUUUGAUAGAGGGAAGAUAGAGAAGACUAUCAAAAGAUUAAUGGUGGAGAAAGAAGGAGAAGAGGUAAGAAAUAGAAUCUUGGGUUUAAAAGAGAAAGCAAAUCUUUGUUUUAGCCAAAAUGGCUCUUCAAGCCAAUCUCUAGACAGAUUGGUUAGUCAUAUUUUAUCUUUUGAGUCUUUUAUUUUCAAGACUCAGUAGGUUAAUUAUUUUUGUUUGGACAUUUAAUAAUAACUAUGUGGUUUAGUCUUGUUAGUUGUUUUAACGCUCGUCAAUAUAAAUGGUUUGGUUAAUAAAUUUGUAUAUCAUUUCGGUUUUACAAUUGUCUU